AAUCCCGACAGGUCAAGGUUAGAUGGCGAUGGUUUAAUUAGAGUCAGUGUAGAAAUUUGGGAUAGUGAGGGUGUAUUCGAGGAUCUCGUCGAUUUACUUCUUUUUGUAGUGCGUCUUACUCCAAUCGUUGCCGCAGCCAAACAUGCUU